AUGCAUGAAUACGUCUUGUAUUCGCAGAUUCCGGACGAGCGCAUCGAUACCGCGGUCCAGGUGCUCGCAGGGUACACCCGUUCUCAGCCCGUCUAUUUGGGCGAGCAGACCAUCAUCUAUGCGCAGGUUAAACUCCCCGAAGCAGUUGUAUCAAGAAAGCACGGUCAACCAAAGCAACUACAUUUGAACAACCCGCGGCCUAUCUAUGAGAAACUCAAACGCAGCCUCACCACUGCCCAACAAGAUGGAGGUCCUCCAGAGCCACUCAACGACGACUGGAUAUUCCGCGUCGAGCAGACUCCAGAUCCAGCCGUAGAAGCCACGAAGCCAGGGAGCGGAAAGACCAUGCACAUUUCUCGCGAUGUCUUGGAGCGUCCUGCUACAGACAAGGACAUGGACCGCUUCCAAGAACCAGAAUGGUACAAGUAUCGACACCAAUACACCCUUUCCGGCCACCAGUUCGUGGCCGGCAACAUCGUGAUUCGGGUCUACCGCUUCCAUGAGGAAGAAUAUGCGGGCAACCCCAUCAAUCGAGACUUGUUUGUACCCACGGAAAGCAACUUGAUUGAUCAAAGUGGAGCGUGGGUCGUGGAGGCCGUGGUUCGGGUCGAAGAUCCUUCGAUUACGAAGAUUAUGGAUGCGGCGAAGAGAGAACUUGCGCAUUUCAGGGUUGCGAUGGAGGGGGCGCUGGAUCUGUAUGCCCCCGAUCGAUUGACUCUUGACACAAGGGUGAGGGAUAUAUGA